AUGACCGAAAAACACGACAAGCUUCCCCUUCUCAUCACGACUCACGGCUCCCAUCUCCACCGACAGUCCUUGUACAGUCUUGUUGACCGCCGGUGCAAGACCAUUGAAAUCCCCAUCAUGCAUUGCAAGCGUAUACUCGGCUCCAGCCACGGGUGGCUAGUCCUCGUUAGCCUGGUUACUGGCAACUCCUUCCUGUGGAAAUUGGAAUGCAAUAUCGAUGUGCGAGAUCGGUCUUCCAUGCUUGCACCACCCGGCAGAAUACAACCGACGUACGGUGUAGUCGACACAGACGAUGGUGAAUACGAGUUUGUGACCGUCCACGUGGUCAACGGUGGGGUCGAGUAUAGACCAUUGUUGGAUGAGUUGGGUCAAACCCUAGAGGUCCCGAUACCGAGGAGAACGAACGUGAAGUGGCACGAGAGCCAUCUCAUCGAGGCACCGGGUGGCCAGGGGCUACUGUUGGUCAUGAAAUUUUUCAUCACCGACAGUGUGGAGUUUAAGGUCUUCCGGUUGAAGGUUGCUGAUGGUCGGGUGGAGUGUGUGGAGCUUGACAGCGUGGAUGAGUGGACCAUAUUCAUCGACUAUUUUGGGAGAGGGUUUUGCCGCAUCUCCUCUUCCGAGAGAUGA